AUGACUUACUCCUCGUCGACACCGUUCAGCGAAUACCUGCGAAUAGAGCAGACCAAAUAUCCGGAGCUCACGUUUGACGAUAUCCAGAAGUUAAAGGAGAGCUUAGAAGACGACGAUAAUUUGCCGCCUAUAUCGGACAAAAAAUAUUUGGCAUUUCUACACAGCUGUAAUUUUGAUAUAGAAUUAGCCAAAAAGACCAUUCAGAGAUGUUACCGAUUUCACUUCAGGAUUCCAAAAGUAUUUUGUGAAUUGGACCCAUUAGACGAUGAUAUGGAAUUGAGUUAUAAUUGCUUGAGCAUUGGUCAAAUGCCUACUGUUAACACGGACAAACGUGAUCGAGUUCUAUUUAUGAUGUUUCAAGAUACAAACCACGAAAUGUUUGAAUACAUGUCACUUUUCAAAUACCUCGUUAUGUGGAUGAACUAUACGCUUUUGAAGUACGGUACGUGUGACGGAAUGGUUAUCGUAGUCGAUUCCAAAGGGUUGAACUGGCGCCAUAUUGUUAAAAUACCCAUUGGAAUUGCUGGUAAAAUGUUGAAAUUCUUGGAAGUUGGUCUACCAGUUCGUUUAAAGGCAGUACAUAUUUUAAAUGCAGGAUCGGCUACACAAAUGAUAAUGAAAAUGGUAACACGAUUCGCUAAUCAAGAAUUAUUAGAAAAGAUAACACUUCAUCCAGUCGGUUCAGAUGAUAUAUUCAAUUACAUAUCGAGAAAUGAAUUACCAGCAGAGGUAGGAGGGUCAGGAAAAUCGCAUAGUUUUUUCAACGAUGAACUGUACAACGACUUGGUCGAUAUUCGUGAUGAUUUUCUUGAGCAGAAUGAAGUAUUGAACAACCAAAUGAUGUAUGUGAAUCACAGACUCGAAGAAGAUGACGAAUAA